GCCAAGAAACGAUGAACGAAUGAACCCAGGAGACGAGCCCGAUUUCGGAGUGAAUCCCCGGAGAGAGAACGAACAUCACAAUGAAAUCUUGACGAUCAGUCAGGAGCAACGAGGCGAGACGAGCGCAUCCGGGGGAAGGAAAAGGACAGCGUCCAGGCGAGACGAGGAGCAUUCGGUUCACAUCCCAAUCCGAAGAAGCGGACCGCCCACAAGGGUCAAUACGAGCCGGGAAAGUUCGAGCGUGUCAAGAAGUCAAGCGGAGGUCAACCGACACGUCCCCAUGCCCACAAAUCUAAUAAUGUUUUCGGAUGAAGAUUCUCUCCCAUUUGAUAAUCCACACUCAGAUGCGCUCGUAAUCACAGCCCCCAUUUUCCGAAUCCCAGUCCACCGAAUCAUGGUGGACACGGGGGCGUAUUCAAGUAUCUUGUACUGGACCGCAUUCCUUAAAAUGGGGAUAGACCGAAGCGAACUGCGCCCAUGCAAUGACCGCAUAACUGGAUUCAACAGACAGGCAACCAUUCCCGAAGGAGAAAUCACAUUACCGAUCGAGCACGGGGGAUCAGGAGCGAACGAACGAAGGAUCAUGGAGACUUUCAAGGUGGUGAAAAUGGCCAGCAAGUACAAUGCCAUCCUCGGGCGAACGGCCUUAUAUAAGCUGAAGGCAGCCGUAUCAAUCUUCCACUAUUCAAUCAAAUUCCCAACUAAGAACGGUACGGGAGUCCACUACGGCAACCAAAGGGAAGCAAGAGAGUGCAUCAUGGCGAUCCCGUCAUUAGAAAUACACUCGGUCAUGAUGGUAAACGAGGAAGAGAAACUGAUCGUCGAACCAGUUGUAGAGCCCGAACAGUCAGACGAGCAGAAAGUUUCGCCCGAACAGCCGGACAACAGUGCGGCCAAAGGAAACACGAAUGAACGAAAGAGGGUGAGGGAAGAACCGAUCGAGGGCCCAGAAGAGGAAGACGAGUACCCCAUGCUGACGUCAUCAAACACAAACACGCCUUCACCCCCGAGAGACAGACAGGGCGAAAAGGCUGUGAAAGAAUCGGAGGCCGAUCAAUCCGACCCAAAUGGAGAACAAAACCAGAAGUCCACCCAAGAGGAGGAUGAUCCAUGCGAUAAGGAGGAUCGAACGGCAGACCGGGGACGCCGACCAGGGAAGGAACCAAUUGAAGAAAAAGAUGAGCUGGACCCCCGAGAUCAAUUCAAAGGAAAGAAAUCCGAACGGGCCGAACCAAGCAAAGACACGGAGACGAUCUAUCUUGAUGAACCAGCCUGCACCAAGUCAUUACGCAUCGGACGCAACAUAGGCGAACCCAUCCGGUCCAGGUUAAUUACCUUUUUAAUCGGAAACGCAGAUGUCUUCGCCUGGAUGCAUGAAGAUAUGGUGGGGAUUGAUCCAAAUUUAGCAUGCCAUAGCCUUCGGGUUGACCGAACGGUGAAGCCAAUCGUGCAGAAAAGGAGGAAGUUGGGACCAGAACGACAGGGAGCGCUCGAGGGAGAAGUAAUAAAAUUGAUCGACAACCGGUUCGUUCGUGAAGCUAAGUACCCGGUUUGGGUAUCCAAUCCGGUCCUUGUAAAGAAGAACAGUGGGACGUGGCGAUUAUGCGUUGACUUCAGCGAUCUCAACUGGGCCUGCCCCAAAGACAGUUAUCCGUUGCCCAGCAUCGAUUACAUGGUAGACGCGACGUCCGGACACGAACUCAUGAGCUUCAUGGACGCCUAUUCAGGGUAUCACCAGAUCCCGAUGGACCCGAAUGAUGAGGAGCACACAUCUUUCUAUUCGGCCAGAAGACUCUAUUGCUACACCAUGAUGCCAUUCGGUCUCAAGAAUGCCGGAGCAACCUACCAGAGGCUCGUGAAUAAGAUGUUUGCAGAUCAAAUCGGACGAACUAUGGAGGUUUACGUGGACGAUAUGCUUGUUAAAUCUGUUUUUGCGAACGAUCAUGUUUCACAUCUUAAUGAAAUGUUUUCUAUUUUGCGUGAUUACUCCAUGGUGUUAAAUCCCAAAAAAAGUACAUUUGGAGUGGGUUCGGGUAAGUUUUUAGGAUACAUUGUUAGCCAAAGGGGAAUCGAAGCAAACCCCGACAAGAUUAAAGCAAUACUCGAACUAAAACCCCCUAGGUCGAUAAGAGAAACGCAAAGUCUAACGAGUAGAUUAGCAGCUUUAAGCCGAUUCAUUUCAAAGUCCACGGACAAAUGUAAGCCCUUCUUCGAGGCUAUUAAAAAGAAUAAAAAAUUCGAAUGGACGGACGAAUGCCAACACGCGCUGGAUAACAUCAAGGAGUCGCUCAUUCGGCCUCCCGUCCUCCAAAAACCAACCCCGGGAGAGAUGCUGUAUCUAUACCUUGGAGUUACCCCGACCAUGAUAAGCGCCGUACUCGUUCGGGAGGAGAAUUUGAACCAACAUCCGAUCUAUUACACAAGCAAGGCAUUACAUGAAGCUGAGGCCCGUUACCCACAGAUCGAGAAGUUAAUCUUCGCCCUGGUAACGGCUUCGAGGAAACUCAGGCCGUAUUUCCUUGAACACCAGGUGACCGUCUUGUCAGCCUAUCCUAUUCGAAUAAUUCUCCACAAGCCUGAUACGUCUGGACGAAUGAUCAAGUGGGCCGUAGAGCUUGGGCAGUUCGAUCUCCAAUAUAAGCCACGGACGUCGAUAAAGGGACAAGCACUAUCCGACUUCGUAGCCGAGUUCACAACGGGAGCCGAACCAGUCCAAACUACAGAGACUUGGGAGAUGUACAUAGACGGAUCGGCCACAACUGAAGGGUCUGGGGGAGGAGUCGUGAUCGUCAGCCCCCAAAGAAAGCUAUAUUGCCAUUCGGUCCGGUACAU